AUGGGUGAUGAAAUUUCGGACGUUGCGCUCAGGAAACAGAUAAAGAAAGACUUACUGGCUUUUGAUUUUUUAUUUAGCUUAUUUGUCGCAGCUCUCUCCAGUUACAGGCACGAUACAGUUCUCAGACCAUUUCCUCCUCCCUACAUUGUCCGUGAUGUUUUUGUUGAUGAUGGCCUUGGGUCCAAAUUUGAGAAAGAUUUUGAUGGUUUGAAAAAAGAUGUUGCAAAAAUAAAAAAGAUGAAAUCAUACUUGAACAGAGAAGGACAACUUGAUGUAAAAAUAUUGAAGUUACUUUCCUGGAUUUUCAAUUCAAAGAAAUUUAUCAUCAAAUCUUGCGAUAUGCAAGUGUUCUCAGAAAUUCGAGAGAAAGCAUGCUACACGUUUGAGACAUCACCUCCCACAUACAUAUUCUCCGUCGAACAUUCAGCUCUUAGUAAUGAAAGAUUUGAGACAUUGCGCAAUAAUAGAAACGUUUUCUAUGGUUACCAUGGAAGCAAGCUGGAAAAUUUUCACUCCAUUCUCCAUUUUGGUUUAAAAGCAAAUCUGAAUAAAAAUUCUUUGUUUGGUAAUGGCUCCUAUCUAUCCAGUGAGUUGUCAGUAAGUCUGGACUAUUCACCAUAUGGGCAUGGUUGGCCAAGCAGCUGCAUGGGAUCCAGAUUGAGUUGUGUAGCAGUGUGUGAGAUUAUUGAUGAUCCAUCUGUCAAGUGCAAAACUCAAACAGAAGAUAAGAGCCGUUCACACAUAGACGGCAGUAUAGGCGGGGAGAUACCGGAGAAGUACUACAUUGUUACUGAUGAUGAGUUCGUUAGGGUUAAGUACCUACUGGUCUAUGCCUCGAGAGAUAAGUACUUGAAGUUAGUAAACUGA